GCGCAAUAUCACUCCGCGGUGCCUUGCCUGGCCUGGGCGCCACCGUUAGGGAAAUGGCUCAUAAAUAUUUUGGCCGUAGCUUCGUAUCUGACCCCGUUCCGCCCGAUCAGAAAAAACACACACCCGACCGACUGUGCUGUGUUGUCGCAUAGUAUGCGUAGGCUUGGCAUGCCCGGAGUGUUCUGAAAUUCCUGUGUGGGAUAUAAUAUUAUUUUUUUUCAUUUCUUGACUACGACGCUUUCUUUGGUGCGCUCGGACAUAUCUAGGCCUGAGCCUUGGCGAGACCUCCCACGAUGGCCAAGGCGGCUCAGUUCGAUGAUGCGUUUGUCGGCGAGAAACCGAGCAUGGCGCCUUCUAUGGCACACUUGAAUCUAACGGAGGAGCUUCGCGGCUCAACUCUCUCCCUCAACAAACGUAGCAUGGUCCUGGACGAGGACCGCUUUGAGGAGCAGUUCCUCCGCUGCAACAUCUGUAAGGACCGCUUCAGGAACGAUAGUCUUCCACGCAUGCUCCCGUGCCACCACUCGUUCUGCCAGAAGUGCAUCGACCACCUGUACCGUCUGGCCUCGGAGCAGCGCCAGAGUUACUCCUCCUCCAUUCGCCCACUCGCCUCUAGCGCCGUCAGCAUCAACUGCCCGACCUGCCGCUCCAAUUUCGUGGCCACAGACGAAACGAUCCGACGGCUGCCGACUGACCACCGCGUGGUUCAGCUCAUGGAUUUUGUCCACCACACCGACCGCUAUACGGUUACAUUCUGCUCCAAGCACAGCCUCCAACCGCUCAACUUCUUCUGCGAGCCGUGCAUUAAGCCAGUGUGUCGUGACUGUACCGUGCUGGACCACAAAGAGGCGGACGGCCAUCUGGUCAUGGACUUGGAGGAGGCUUUAGCUAAGUACACCCCUGUCCUGGACAACGCUAUCACAGAGCUUGAUGCGGAAAGUAUUUGUAUGGAAGAAAAGCGCAUAGCUCUCGAGUCAGUCACCAAGACCAUAGACAAGGUAAAGGUGGACUUGCUGGGGCAAGUGAAGGCGUGCAUGACAAGGAUGAGGGAGCUUAUAGACGAGAGGGAGAAAGCUCUGGAAGCAAAAGUGUAUCAGGAAGUUGAGAAGGAAAGAGCAAAGCUGACGGAAAAGUCUGAGAUGCUAGAAAGUCGCCGGGAAGUUCUAAAUCAGCAAGCAAACAAACUAAAAACCGCAAAGGACGACAGCAACGUUGAAGAAAUGUUUCGCAUUCAUCAAGAAGUGCGCGAGUACAGGGCUGGUCCACCAAUCAGGAUAAGGGAGGUGGACGACGGACUAAUGACGUCAUUCUUGCUCAACACGAGAGACGAAGCCAUGUUGGCCUCCCGUAUCGGCAGCUUUGGUGACGUCACUACGAAAGUAGAGACGACAUCUUCUCGGAUGAAAACCUCAGUGAAACCGUUCGUCUACCGGUCCUCUUCCUUCCGGUGAAAGAGAUUAUGAAUUAAUGUGAGCACAGCCUCGCUCAGUGUUGUCAAAGUCAAAGCAUUGGAAAAAAGGCUUAUCUGAGCGAACAGUAGACUUUCAGGGCUCCUGGACUACGUUUUCUUUAUUUGGAUUCCGUUUCCUUGAAGAUUUAAAGAUAGUCGUCAAUUGCAGAUGGAGAAUCUGGUCCCAUAGGGUAUGCUUUCUGUGACACAUGAAUGAGAUGUCUGCUGUUGUUACUUGUACCUUAUUUCUUCUGUCACUAGUCUUACCUCUCUGGCUAAGGCCUACGGCCUACGUGUAUUAUGUACCGUCUUAAUUAGCUACUCCUUCUUUGUUUGGAUGAGUAAAGAGACGUACAUAGAUACGGUAACGGUCAUUUAGUGCAGGGAAAAAGCAAGACAGAAACAACAAAUGGAAAGAAAAGAGUUAUAAGGGCUUACCAGUUGCACCCUUCAACAACCCGUUAACUUCUCUCUGAUAAUCGACCUAAUGAUAUGUUAACUGAAAUCCUGUUCCUUCAAUACUCGAUAAAAUCUGCACAAGACAUAAGAUGUAGGAAGUUAUUCAAAUUACGUUGCAGUUAGAUGUCAUCUCGACAACAUAAGUUCCUGGGCUGUCAUUCUUCGGUUUCUAAAUUUCUGGGAGUAAAAGAAGCUAAAUAGUAGACGUGUGAUCUUGAUCUCACAUAAAGCGUACAUCAGCUCCCUUGAGCACUUCAAGUUAGUGAACAAAUGAGAACUGUUGAGGCCAUAUUCUGAUGUAAAUUCCCAUUUUUCAUGUGAAAUGAGUUCGUGUAACAGCCGCCCCGCGGCCACCUGAUUUUUCCUCUCUUAAAAAUUGAUGUAAUUUUUCUGUAUGUGUAUGUGUGUGUGUGUGUGUGUGUGUGUGUGUGUGUGUGUGUGUGUGUGUGCGUGUGUGUGUGAAAAUGUGUGUGUAUGUGUGAGCGUGUGAGUGUGUUUAAUGAGUGUAUAAAUAGAAAGCAUAUUGAAUAUUCUACGUUUCUGACCCUUUUCUCUUGAAAUAUCAGUUACAGUUUCCUUUAAAAUCUAUUUUAUUUCAUAAUGCAAACUGGCUAGAAGUUCUAAGUCGCAUAAAUUCUGCCUCUGGAGUUUAUUGAGGCAAACAUCUUUUAGAUUUUUUUGUAUCACAGUACAUACUCUUGCUUCAAAUAGAUCUAGGUGGUCAAGCGAGAAAAGGGCCUCAGGUGUUUGGGUGUCAGUAUCGGCUGUGUUUCGAAGACCCGUAAGUUGGUAACAUGCACAACAGAAAAAGGGGUGGGGCGUGUAGCAUUUCGUUCGUGAGGUGAAGAAGACAGAAAAAGUUCCGUACUAUUCUACACUCGGUAGAAUAGUUGCUAAUGGAAGUUAGUGUUUGUUCAUAAUUCCAUGUUGUAUUGCUCACGUGCUUAUUGUAACCCUAUUGCGAUCUGCAAACGGGUUUUUCUUCUCCUCCUGUAAGUCAGUGUAAAAAUAGAGAUAUCUGCCGUCUUAUGUAGAGAUAUCAUUGUAUUUUUGUAUGCUCGUACAGUACUGUGGCAUUUUGUAUUCUUUGACUUUGAAGUCAACCGACCGGCCACCCUCACACACUACUCGUACCCAUAGUCGUUCAGGUUAUCAAUUAGAAUCUACCUUUGUCCAGUUCAUUGUUGGACCUUAUGGUUUAUGCAGUGUGCUAAAUAUCCGAUGACACUUAACAGCGGAAAUUCUUCUAAAAAGACAAGUUAAAAACGAUGAGUAUGAGACUUUGUUUCUUAGCACACAUAGAUCUACGUUUCUCUGUCUUUUUACCUCACGAAAACAGACUGUACGAGCCUGUAUUCAGGUUUAUUUAUGUACUUUGGUGUUUUGUUAAGACAUUUUCCCCAUUGUAUUCUAAUGCUAUGACUAUGAUUAUGAUCUCCAAUUCGUAUGUGUUCAAAAUUUGACCUGAUUCUGAAGACAUGUUGUUGGUGUUGUUAUUGAUUCUUUCCUCCUUCACAUAAUGCACAUCAUAGUGUGUAGUUUGUUUUGACUGUCUCUGUUACAACAGUGGGUUCUUUGAGGUUGUUUCGAUGCCUUAGAUGUACAUAUAAUUAGCUAGGAGGAUUAGAAUACUUGGGUUUUUGUACCCAAGUGAAGUUAAAAUAUUUCUGUUUGUUUUAGGUAAAGAGAAACUCACUUUGUGAUCCUUAAUGUUCGAGUGGCAAAGGGGAAGGGGAGGGGGUUCUCACUUACAGUAGUGCCCUCCAUCCACUCUCUGCCUUCUCCUUCCAACAAUACCAUUAUAUCGCAACUGCACCAGCCUAGAGGACUAUAUUAUCUAAAAUCGAAAUAUAAUGGCGUAGCGGAGGCUUCAAAGAUCGGGGGAUUUGAUUAUCACUCUAGUAAAUAUGAUGAGAAGUUUGGCUUGGGGGGGGGGGGGCGGUAGUAUUGCCACGAUGUUUUCAGACUUUAAAAAAUGUAGCCAGUACACAAUACACGUUUACUUCACAUUUGGAUCCUGCAUGUGUUUGUCACAGAUAUUAAACAGUCCUAAAUGAUGAGUGCUGUUUUUCCGAGCAACGUUUAUGUGUCCCGAAAUAAUUGUAUAAUAUUUCUUAAAUUGGACGCAGUAUACGACUCUGAAUGAAGCCUUGCAAUUACUAGAAUUAUUUAUGGUCGUAGCUUAAUGUCAUAGCCCCAACUGGCAUCUCCAUUACGUAUCGGAUGUUAGGCCUACUGGGUGAAUUGUUGAACUUGGAACUUCCAUCUAAUGUGACAGACAGUAUGCAGGGCUAAUGUAGCCGGGCUGUUACUGUCAUGGCUGUUGUGUGCUCACCGGGUGGGGCCAGAUAAUGAGAGGUUAUUACGGUAAUUUUGCUGCUCUAAUCGACAACUCGUUGCUGCAUCGGCCCAUCUCCUCGAGUGUUCGGCCCAUCUCCCCGAGUGUUCGGCCCAUCUCCCCGAGUGUUCCCCGAGUCGCUAUUUCUAGGCCGUGAGAAGAUAUUAUAUCCCAAACAUGUAGAUGUACACCAAUAUAAUUUUUUCUGGUGGCCUUACCUUUUGUUAUGCGGGUUUUUUUGUUUUUUUUAACAUGCCCGAUUUGUUCAAGUAGAGAAGGACAUCAAAACAAUAAUGUUGGCUAUUCAUUUAGUGAACCAGACAGACAAACAGAACCCCCCCCCCCCCACAGUAAAUUUGAAUAUAAAGAAGGGUAAAAGUGUAGAACCCACCAGUACCACCCUCCAACUCCAACCACCCAGUGUAAUGAAACACACAUAAAUUAUACUAGAUCUACCCAUUUUCCGCAAGGAACUUUCCUUUCCACUAUCUACCCCUAAGCCCUCUUUAAAUUCAUUUCGUGUGCAAUAAUUGUUUAGAUUGGGAAGUUUGGCUGGACUGAUCCAAUUUGGAGAAAUCUAUCUCGUCUUCAACAGAGGCCGCUCUGUUUUUCCUUGGAUUUUUUUUUUUUUGGGGGGGGGGGCAUCGUUUGGAUAACCGUCUACCCUCGGACACAAUGGCACCAAGCCAUUUGACCCUAAAUGAUUCAAAGUUCUGCUUCUGCUCAUAAGUUUUUUUCUCUACAUUAUGGCCAUACAUGUAGUUAAAUUUAAAAUAAAAACAAA